AUGAGUGCUCCCGCCAACAAGUUCAAGGUUGCAGAUAUUUCGCUGGCUGCCUUUGGGCGCCGGGAAAUUGAGCUUGCAGAGAUCGAAAUGCCAGGUCUCAUGGCUAUCCGCCGAAAGUACGCGGAAGAUCAGCCAUUGAAGGGAGCCCGUAUUGCUGGUUGCCUUCACAUGACUAUUCAAACCGCCGUGUUGAUUGAGACUCUUAAGGCCCUUGGCGCCGAAGUUACCUGGUCAAGCUGCAACAUCUUUUCCACCCAAGACCAUGCUGCAGCUGCUAUCGCUGCUUCUGGUACCCCAGUCUUUGCCUGGAAAGGUGAGACCGAAGAAGAAUAUAACUGGUGCAUUGAACAGCAAUUGUUCGCUUUCAACGAUGGAAAGAAGCUCAAUCUCAUCCUUGAUGAUGGUGGUGACUUGACGUCGUUGGUUCACAAAAAAUACCCAGAGAUGCUCAAGGACUGCUACGGUGUAUCGGAAGAGACAACGACUGGUGUUCACCACCUCUACCGCAUGUUGAAAAACAAGGAACUCCUGGUUCCUGCUAUCAAUGUCAACGACGCUGUUACCAAAUCGAAAUUUGAUAAUCUUUAUGGGUGCAGAGAAUCUCUCAUCGAUGGCAUCAAGCGUGCAACUGAUGUCAUGAUUGCUGGCAAAAUCGCUGUUGUUGCUGGUUUCGGUGAUGUUGGCAAGGGCUGUGCCCAGGCACUUCACAGCAUGGGUGCUCGUGUUAUUGUUACUGAAAUUGAUCCUAUCAAUGCCCUGCAAGCCGCAGUUGCUGGGUAUGAAGUCAACACAAUGGAUGAGGCCGCAUCUUUGGGCCAGAUCUUCGUUACUACCACUGGUUGCCGUGACAUCUUGACGGGCGCCCAUUUUGAAGUCAUGAAGAACGAUGCUAUUGUUUGCAAUAUCGGACAUUUUGAUAUCGAAAUCGACGUUGCCUGGCUCAAGGCCAACGCCAAGUCUGUUCAGAACAUCAAGCCCCAAGUUGACCGCUUCUUGAUGCCCUCUGGUCGACAUAUCAUCCUGCUUGCUGAAGGCCGUCUUGUCAACCUUGGUUGUGCCACUGGCCAUUCCUCUUUUGUCAUGUCCUGCUCUUUCUCCAACCAGGUCUUGGCCCAGAUCAUGUUGUACAAGUGCCAAGAUGAAGCAUUCGCCAAGAAGCACGUUGAAUUCGGAGCCACUGGCAAGCGUGAGGUCGGCGUUUACGUCAUUCCCAAAAUCCUUGAUGAGCAAGUCGCUUUCUUCCACUUGGAACACGUUAACGCCAAGCUCUCAAAACUCACUACUACCCAGGCGGAAUACCUAGGAUUGGAUGUGGAGGGCCCUUUCAAGAGCGAAAUCUACCGAUACUAA